AUGACUCAAUUGGAAUUGGUGUACAUCAAAAAUGUUGUUCUUUAUAUGGCCACUACGAGUGAUAUAAUAUCAUUUAUUUGUAUGAACAAAAAGUGCAAAGAUGUUGUCGACUCGAUGUAUAUUAACCCAUACAAACUGUCAUAUUACAAUUCUGUGGAAAAAAUACAGAAAUUGUUUCCAGCGCUUCAAACAUUAUAUUUGACAGACUUGAUCACCAAAAACAGAAAAUUGCAGACAGACGUGACACACCUUGAAAUCGACUUUUUGUCGUGUUCAAAAACUUUUUCUGUUAUACAAUUCAAUCGAAAAAACACUAUUGAAAAGAUCAGAAAACUUCGAAUCAAAUUUUACAACUUGGACUGCUUAACAAGCGAUGUAGAGAUGUUUCAGAAUCUUCAAGAUCUAUUUGUUGACCUUUCAAUGUUCUCAGCAAAUUCAAACGAUCGACUUUUCGAAAUGAUUGGUCACAGGACUUUGAGGAGAGUCGUUUUGACAAUUUAUGCAAGUCAACUGGAGGUCCUUUCCAAGUUCGAUUAUUCGAAACACCCAUUAACAGAUUACGUCUUUAUUGUAAUCGAAAUGGAUCUGGAUGAUAUAAAAGAGAAUUCUAAAGUGACAUAA